ACCCGUAGAAACACCAGCAGCCAUGUCCACCUCGCGCUCAGGAUUGUCCUCCUCCAUGUCACUCUACUCCAUGAGCUCCUCCAAGAGAGUCUCUCGCGGUACCAGCGUGUACGGCGGGGCCGGAGGCAGGAACGUCCGCGUGUCGUACGCUUCCAACGGUCUGGGCUCUGGCUUUGACCUGACGCAGGCGCUCGGCAACAACCUGAGCGUCACCACCAACGAGAAGGCGACGAUGCAGAACCUGAACGACCGGCUGGCCUCCUACCUGGAGAAAGUGCGCUCGCUGGAGUCUGCCAACCUUCAGCUGGAGACUCAGAUCCGGGAAUGGUACAAAACCAAGACCCCCGCCGUCAGGGACUACAGCAAGUACGAGGCAAUCAUCGAGGACCUGCGCAACAAGAUAAGAGUCGCCACGCUAUCAAACUGCGAGUUGAUGCUGCAGAUCGACAACACCAAGCUGGCAACAGAGGACUUCAAAGUGAAGUUUGAGAACGAGUUGGCACUGCGCAUGUCAGUGGAGACGGACAUCUCUGGCCUGCGCAGAGUCUUCGACGACUUGACCAUGACUCGGACCGACUUGGAGUUGCAGCUGGAGAGUCUGAAGGAAGAGCUGAUCUUUAUGAAGAAGAACCAUAAAGAGGAAAUGGAAGGCCUGCGCAGUAGCAUGCAAUCCAGCUCUGUGAACGUUGAGGUUGAUGCCAAACCCCAGGAGGACCUGUCCAAGGUCAUGGAAGAGAUGCGAUCUCAGUAUGAGAGCGUUGUGGAGAAGAACCGCCGUGAGAUGGAAGCCUGGUACAAGGUCAAGUUUGACGAGCUCAGCCAGAAGAUGGAAAGCAGCACAGAGACUAUCGAGGUCUCCCGAAGUGAGAUCAGCGACCUGAAGAGGAGGCUUCAGAGUAUGCAGAUAGAGCUACAGUCCCAGCUUUCAAUGAAAGAUAGCUUGGAGGGCGAGCUGCAUGAGACAGAGAGCCGCUACAGCCUUAAGCUGCGCCAACAUCAAGAAAUGGUGAACAGCCUGGAGGCCGAGAUCACCAAUAUGAAGAUGGACAUCGAGCGACAGGCCUCAGAAUACCAAACCCUGCUGGACAUUAAAACCAGACUGGAGAUGGAGAUAGCAGAGUACCGAAGACUGCUGGAUGGGGAGGAUGUGCAGAAAAAUAUAGUUGUGGAAGUGAAAAAAGAAGUGAAACAAGAAGUAAAAGAAGAACAUAAACCGGUCAUUACCAAGAGGACAAAAGUGGUGAUUGAAGAGCUUGUGGACGGAAAAGUGGUGUCACGUACAGAAGACGUAGACACCGCAGUCAUCUCCAAGUAAAACUGAGCCAAAAAAAACAAUCAAGAAGCAGUGUCUUUUGUAUUUAAGUCUCCGAAAAACACAGAAAGUAUAAAUAUUUACCUUCCAGAGCUUUGUGUAGUUUAGAUGUUUCGAUUUUUUUUGUCACAUUAUUUAUUCUGACUUAAAGACUGGAAGACUUUAAAGCUAGAAUUGCUUUGAAAAUUCUGUGCUUAGAAAGCCAGAACACAUAAGCAGUAACACUAUAAGCUACAUCAGAAAAAAAAAAAAAAUCCUAUUCCAGGUGUAGCACCUGAAGGAAUAAAGUCAAUCCUAUAAUGUUAAAAACAAACAAGUGCAAAAGAUUUUAGCUAGAUUUAGGAAAACGAAUAUUCGAUCCCCUUCUGUGUUGUUGUUGGCUUAUAAGAUGCUGUCACUUUGAGUGUGAAAGGUCAUGAAAAAAUGUAUUUCUUAUUUCUAAUAUUUAAAAAUGUUAAAGGUGCUGCAUAUGGCAUAUUGUACACUCUCAAGUGACAUAUUGCUAAAGCAACUGGUAUCACUGUUUUAAAGGGAACCACUGUCCAGAUUCCUGCUGGGGUUCAAGUGUUUCUGAUCAACUCUCACUCCCUCUGAGAGUUGUAUCUGUUUUUUUUUUUUUUUUUUAUUCUGAAAAGUUGUGUGUGUCUUUAUCUUGUUUAAUUUCCAUUUCUAAUGACAAUAAAGAAGAUUGGCAGAAAACAUUA